ACGCAGAAACAAAAGAAACAAAAUUUAGCUCGGUUCCCUUCUAUUAUUCCGAAAUCUCGAGGAUGUUAUUGCAAUAGUAUCGCCGAAGAUGAUCUAAAAUCACCCGGUGAACUUCGUAUGUUGUUACAACAAAUUAAAGAGAAAAGAGAGAAUAAAAUCAGAAUAGGUUUAGCUAAUCUAGAACCUAUCCCACACAAAAUAAAUAACAUUAGCGCUCGCGAAAUCCACAUCAUGCGUCCUACAUUUGUCAUGGUAUUUGAUUCUUUGCGUAGAAUACAAGAAACUACUCUUAAACAAUCAUCUGGGCGAAAUCUUAGUGAAGCAACCAGAAGGACUGUUGAUAUAAUGAACA